AUGUGGGUGAUCCUGUAUCUGUGGGGAGUUACCCAGCUAGUUGAUGGUAUUCUGGAUUGGUUGUCUUACGGCAGAUCAUCUGCUGUUGUUCAAGUUGGCGUGGCUAUUGCCGCUACGACUAUUUCGACGGUUGUAGCUGACCAAGUGGAAUUCGGAACAUUGAAGUACUACUCCCUUUGUGCGUUCGGAGGAGUUUUAUCUUGUGGUAUCACUCACACUGCUAUCGUCCCUCUUGAUCUUGUGAAGUGUCGUAUUCAGGUGAACCCGGAAAAAUACAAGAACAUUGUCACUGGAUUCCGUACAACCGUUGCCGAGGAAGGAGGACGUGCUCUCGCUAAAGGAUGGGCUCCAACGUUCAUUGGGUAUUCACUCCAAGGGCUGGGAAAGUUCGGAUUCUAUGAAGAAAAUGCUUAUUUGUACCGUACUUCUUUGUAUUUGGCGGCAUCUGCAUCAGCUGAAUUCUUCGCUGAUAUUAUGCUCGCUCCCAUGGAAGCUACAAAAGUCCGAGUACAGACUUCCCCGGGUGCACCUCCAACACUCCGUGGGUGCGCUCCAAUGAUCUACAGAACUGAGGGCCUCACUGGCUUCUACAAGGGAAUUGUCCCUCUUUGGCUGCGGCAGAUUCCUUACACCAUGAUGAAGUUCGCAUGCUUUGAACGCACUGUAGAAAUGCUAUACAAAUACGUAGUACCUAAGCCACGUUCUCAAUGUUCGAAACCUGAACAACUCGUAGUCACAUUUGUUGCUGGUUACAUUGCUGGUGUAUUCUGUGCUAUCGUCUCUCACCCAGCUGACACUGUUGUGUCGAAGCUUAACCAAGAUGCUGGCUCUGGAAUUGGUGGUAUAAUCAAGAAGCUAGGUUUCGCAGGCUUGUGGAAAGGAUUGUUCCCCCGUAUUAUUAUGAUUGGUACACUAACAGCAGCACAAUGGUUCAUUUAUGACUCAGUGAAGGUGGCGCUUCACCUUCCACGUCCACCUCCUCCGAGCAUGCCAGAAUCUCUUAGACUAAAAUUGGAGGCGGCUGGGAAACUUCAUCAUUAA